AUGAUCUUCAACGACAGAGCACUGGAAGACAUCUCAAAUACACGUCUGCGAAACCUCAAGGAAAAGACUCUACGCUACAAGUUCCAAAUGAUACACAUCCCAGGGGUAAAGAAUCGUGCUACAGACUGCUUAUCGAGGCAUCCUAUCAACGAGCCUGUUAAACUUGUCUUACCUGAUGAUGUUGCGACGGUAGAUGCUGACUACUCUCAUGAAGUUUACAGUUCCUCAGUCCUAUCUGGUUUAAGAGCACAUGACUACGAGCCGCAGGAUACAGAAGAGUGUGUAGUGUCAGCUGCCACCACGUCCUUAAACACCCUUAGUGUAAAGUCAGUCACAUGGGAUAGAGUACGCGUUGCUACUACUAGUGAUACGGAUUUACUUACUCUGACUGAACUCAUUGAGUCUGGAAUGCCAGAAUUUCGCCACGAGAUGCCAGAAGCACUGACAGAUUUCUUCCAGUUUCGUAAUGAACUAUCCACGGUUGAUGGAGUCAUCAUGUACAAAGACCGUGUCGUUAUUCCAUACUCUCUCAGAGACGAGGUUCUGGAGGCCCUCCAUGCAGGCCAUCAAGGAGUUUCGUCCAUGAUUGCGAGAGCUGAAUCCUCAGUUUUUUGGCCAGGUAUCACACCUGCAAUUACUGCUCUUCGUGCCAGUUGCAAUCAAUGCAACCGUAGUGCUCCAUCGAACCCUUGUGCUCCUCCGAUCCCGCCUACAACCUCGGAAUAUCCAUUUCAGUGUUUGUGUGCCGACUACUUCACUUACAGAGGACACAAUUAUUUAGUAAUUGUGGAUCGGUAUUCCAACUGGCCCAUUGUUGAGAGGUCAUUCGGUGGUGCCGAGGGACUCGUCUCUUGUUUAAGGCAAGUAUUUGUUACGUAUGGUAUUCCUGACGAGCUUGCUUCAGACGGAGGUCCUCAAUUCACUGCUACUAUCACACGUCAGUUUUUACAAGACUGGGGUGUCCAUCAUCGCCUAUCUUUAGUGGCAUUCCCUCACAGCAACUGCAGAGCGGAGAUUGGUGUCAAGACAGUCAAGCGUCUUCUCAUGAAUAAUACCACAGAAUCUGGCAACAUCGACACAGAUGCAUUUCAGCGAGCAAUGUUACAAUAUCGCAAUACACCGGAUAGGGACACAAAACUAUCCCCAGCCAUGUGUAUCUUCGGCCGCCCUAUCAGAGACUUCAUUCCGAUUCCUCCAGGGAAAUACAAACCACACGCGACUUGGAACUCAACAGCCAUUGCCCGUGAAGAAGCACUAAGAAAUAGACAUAUGCGCUGUGCUGAACGACUGACUGAGCAUACUAAGAGACUACCACCCCUUGCAGUAGGGGAUCAUGUCCGGAUUCAAAAUCAAAUGGGUUCCCAUCCCCGGAAAUGGGACAAGACAGGCAUGGUCAUUGAGGUCCGCCAGUAUGAUCAAUAUGUUGUGAGAGUGGAUGGUUCCAGACGGGUUACACUGCGCAACAGAAAAUUUCUGCGUAAAUACUGCCCAGUACAACUUCCCACACACAGACUUACAAUUGAUGAUGACAUGGCGAUUCCAACAGCUGUUCGGAGCCCUACAGGAAACAUCCGUCUGCCUCCCAAGCCCGAGGAACCCAACUGUUCUGGUAGAUUUCAAACCCAAGCCGAAACUCAACCCAUAUCAACGCCUAUUAUACAAGAGCCAAUUCAGACACCUUCCGUGUCUAAGCCAGAUCAGAUGCCCAUCACGAACCUCCAGAAGUCGCCUGCAGCCCAGCAUACUCGGCGCCAAUUGACCUAUGGUAGUACACCCAUACCAGAUAACCACCUGAACACUAGUCCGUAUUCAACAUGUCAGGAGCAGGCCAUGCCGUCAACUGACCCGCCUUCAACACCUAGACGUUCUGGCAGGACAAGGCGUGCACCACAGUGGCAAACAGACUAUAUUAUGCCAUAG